AAAUAAACAUCGUGCGUUGAAGGAAUUUGCAGACCAUUUUUCUGUGUCCUUUCUACCUCCGUGUGCGACAAUAGAAAAGGAUCAUUUACAUACACGCGCUAUUCACACGCCGGAAAAGGUGAUUGGCGGUGUUCGUUGGCCGUAAAUUAGUAAUUUAUGCAACAGUGAGUUUUGCGAUCCCCGGACCGAUCGAAGCGCACAGACGACCGCCUUGAGAAACAUCGUAGAAAGUAACAGCCCGUGGAUGCGCUUGCACGAGGAUAACCAAGGACGGAAGCUAAGCACCAGCGAGUGGUACGACAAUAUGAGUGACGAUGAUCGGGACAUUGACAUAGAGAGCGAUGAUGGCGAUGAUUCGGAUAACACAAAAUCUCAAUCCCGUUCCGGCGCUGGGAGUCAAUUUUACUCGCAGGCCGAAAAACGUGCUCAUCACAAUGCCCUUGAACGGAAAAGGCGUGAUCACAUCAAGGACAGUUUCACCGCGCUGCGAGAUUCCGUACCAUCGCUCCAGGGCGAAAAGGCAAGCCGCGCGCAGAUACUGAAAAAAGCGGCCGAGUACAUCCAGUUCAUGCGAAGAAAGAACAACUCACACCAGCACGAUAUCGACGAUCUCCGGAGGCAAAACAAUAAGCUUGAAACGGAAAUUCGCGACUUGGAACAGGCCCGGGCAUCCGGUAAAUAUGGCGAUGGAGCCGAUUUGGGUGGCGGAUUCCAGGACGGAUCACGCGGUUCUGACAGCUCCGAUAUAGACGAGGUACCUAAAAAUAACAACAACGGGUUAGGUGCACGGAGGAACAAAAAGAUGAAAACGAAUGCCAACUAUUAGAGAGCGCACACCCGUCAUGAAGCGAGAGGAUGGCUUUAGUGUAACUUUCAUUUUUUUCUUCUAUUAUUUCUAACGAUGCAAACACGUUACAUUGCGUGUGGUAGCUUUUAGCAUUUUUGUAAGGCGCAUAUUAUUUUAAGGGGUCUCGAAAGAUUUACUUGUUCUUCCGUAUAUUUUGUUUGCCCUAUCUAUCAGAUACGACUGUAUGAAAUUUUGUCGAUUAUUUGAAAUUUCAACGAAGAAAUGAUCAGUCAUUGAAGAAUUUGCUAUAUCAAGCACGUAUCGACUAACUAACCCAUACUCAGAAGAGACAGUUUACUGGCAAUCCAACCCGUAACAGCAAAAGAGAAAUGAAUGUUUUAAUGAAUAACCGUAAAGUGAAGGGAACAGAAAGAAUUGUACAAAUUGAUUGUUCUAUGCCUAGAAGUAAGUCUUCAUUUUUGAGUUCCGACAUAAUUAUAUAAAGUUGAUGUACGUAAUUUGUUCAUUUCUGUUUAUUGCGCGACAUCGAAAGAAGACAAAUAAAUCAAUAUUUAGCAUUU